GCUUAGUCACGUUUAUUCUUUUAUAGGAUUGUGACGGGAUAUCAUGUUAGUGACUGCGAUCCUAUUUCUUGCUACAGCAUCAGCAACUCUCGACGAGCCUAUCUGUCCCAAACAAAACGAGGCUAAUUGGGAAGUAGAUAUUUUUUUGCCGCAUAGAAAAUGCGACAGAUUCUAUCAAUGUACGAACGACGAGCCGAUAGAAAUUUCGUGCCCGGAAGGGCUCUACUUCAGCACCAUAAAGAAUAUAUGCGAUUGGAAAGAUUUCGUCGAAUGUGGGGAUAGAGUUUUGCCCGAUUCGUUUAGUUUGGAUAGCUCUGAAUUAUUCCUGGAGUCGGAAGUGUCGCCCUCUGCAGGGAGCCCUGUAAGGAAUGUUACAAUAGAGGACUACCCGUAUGCUUCGAAAGCCUCACAUACAGGAUUCUUAAAAAACGGCUGCCCGACUGACAAUAACUUGAUUUGGUUAUUACCUCAUGAAAGGUACUGCAAUUGGUUCUACAUAUGUAUUAACGGCGAGAAACACUUAAGGCGGUGUCCCUUUUGGUUGCAUUACAAUAGACGACUUAAGAUGUGCGACUGGCCCCGGAAUGCAGAAUGUGCGGCAAAUUGACAGUUGUGAUAGAUUAACCAUGAGUUUCUGAGAC